GAAACGAAAAAAAAAAAAAUUCUCUUAUUUUCUCACGGCGCGAGAAUCCUUGGCGCGAGGGUUUCGAUUUCUGCAGUCCAAAGUUUGCGCAAAAGUUUGGAUUUGACCGGUGGAUCUCUCUGAUAGCUGGAAUUGCUUCCUGUUAUAAUUCCUUUUCCUGAACGAAAAGAUGGGUCAAACUUUAGGCUGCAUUCAAGUGGACCAAUCUAAUGUAGCUAUCAAAGAAACUUUUGGGAAGUUUGAUGAUGUGCUUGAACCUGGUUGUCACUGCGUGCCAUGGUUUUUCGGGAGCCGUCUAGCUGGGCACCUCUCGUUACGUGUACAGCAGUUGGAUGUUCGUUGCGAAACAAAGACGAAGGAUAAUGUUUUUGUUACUGUAGUUGCGUCUGUUCAAUACCGCGCUUUAACAGACAAGGCUUCUGACGCUUUCUACAAGCUCAGCAAUACCAGGGGCCAGAUCCAGUCUUAUGUUUUUGAUGUUGUCAGGGCAAGUGUUCCAAAAUUGGACCUGGAUUCGACUUUUGAACAGAAGAAUGAGAUAGCGAAAGCUGUGGAAGAUGAACUUGAAAAGGCCAUGUCUCAUUAUGGAUUCGAGAUAGUCCAGACUCUUAUUGUUGAUAUUGAACCAGAUGAGCGUGUGAAGAGAGCAAUGAAUGAGAUCAAUGCAGCUGCUAGAUUGAGGGUGGCAGCAAAUGAGAAAGCCGAAGCAGAGAAGAUUUUGCAGAUAAAAAAAGCCGAGGGAGAUGCAGAGUCCAAGUAUCUGGGUGGGCUCGGCAUAGCUCGGCAGCGCCAAGCGAUUGUUGACGGGUUGAGGGACAGUGUGCUUGCCUUCUCUGCAAAUGUACCCGGGACGUCAUCAAAGGAUAUCAUGGACAUGAUUCUCGUGACGCAAUACUUUGACACGAUGAAGGAGAUUGGUGCAUCUUCAAAGGCCAACUCAGUUUUUAUUCCACAUGGACCUGGUGCCGUGAGAGAUAUUUCUUCGCAGAUAAGAGAGGGUUUUAUUCAGGCAAAUGUAAUUGUGGAGUAGAGUAUAGGACUACGUUAGAUAGAAGCAGAAGCUAAGCAAAAGUCAAAUGCUCAAAUUUUGGAUUAUUGCAUUUGUGUCUCUGUAAAGUGCUUUUGUGAUUAGAAAGUACUUGAAAGAAAUUGCACUAGUGUGAGUGUCUAGAGUCAACUAUCUCAUUCACCGGUAUGUGCUUCUAUUUUAAUACGAUGGAUCUGUGUGAAUAAAGAAGCUAGAAGGAUUAGUGAGUCGUAUACCAGGCUUCGUCUGUAGUCAUGGGAAUGGUUUGGAUAUUACUUUGUUUUGAUUU